AUGGAGAAACAGUCUAAAGGCGUCGAGUGCUGGACUUGUGCAGAUGUUGGAGCCUGGCUAAAGGAAAUUGGGUUUGAUAAGUACACAGAACUGUUCUCAUCAGUACACAAGAUUGAUGGCAAAGUCCUCUUAAGUCUGACAGAGACAGAUUUGAGGCAUCCACCACUUCAGCUCAAGGUCCUAGGUGAUAUCAAACGCUUAUCGCAACAUAUUCAGCAACUCCAGUCUUAUUCUGCGAUAGAACAUUCAGCAGGUGUGUAUUUAGAAGGCAAAGGCAAGGAUAGAAGAAUAUAUACUACCUCAAGUAUAGUUCGGCACAGGGCAUCCCUGAAAGAGGAAAAUGGCCCGUUUGAUGAUGUUGAUGGAGUUCUUCACAAUAAAGUACACCAUAUGACGUCUUCGGAUGCAGACUCAUCCGCAGAUAUACCUCCAGAAAUAUGGAAGACAGUGCUGAGUUUUGUCUAUGUGUUUGCUGUCUUCAUGCUGACAGCAUUUGUGAUGGUGGUGGUGCAUGACAGAGUGCCUGAGAUGGAUAAAUAUCCACCUUUACCGGAUUUGUUUCUGGACAAUAUGCCGUAUGUGCCCUGGGCUUUUGAAGCUUGUGAAAUUGUUGGUCUGCUGUUGGCAGCUAUGUGGUUUUCUGUUUUGCUUUUUCACAAACACAGAUUUGUAUUAAUGCGUCGCAUGUUCUCUCUGAUGGGAACUAUUUUUCUUCUGCGUUGUGUUACUAUGCUUAUAACCUCACUAUCAGUGCCUGGAAAACAUUUACAAUGCAGUGGAAAGCGUUACGCUGAUUGGUACAGCCGGUUCUAUCGCACCUUUGAGAUCUGGAAAGGAAUGGGAAUGUCAUUACAGGGAGUUCGCUCAUGUGGAGAUUACAUGUUCAGUGGGCACACGUCCAUCAUCACUCUUCUCAAUUUCUUCAUUACUGAAUAUACACCACGGAAGUACUACUAUGUUCACAUUGUUUCGUGGGUGCUCAACUUUUUCGGCAUAUUCUUCUUGCUGGCCGCCCACGAGCACUACUCCAUUGAUGUUUUCAUGGCCUUCUACCUGUCCUCUCGACUGUUCAUGUAUUACCACACUCUUGCCAAUAACCGAGCUCUGAUGGCUCCCGAUGCCAGACGCACCCGAGUAUGGUUCCCGUUGUUUGCAUUCUUUGAGUCCAAGUGUGAAGGACGUGUGCCUAACCAGUUUGAGCAUCCUUUGGGAAGCAUUGUUCUGAGUUUGAAAUCUUUAACUACCUGGACAGUGUCAUCCUGCGGCGCUGUGAACCAACACAUAUCACGAAGGCUGUAUACUGAAGCCACAUCUGGUGCCUUAGCAGAGGGUCAACAGUAG